AUGGCGGAGUCGAAAAAAGGGGUCAAGCAGGCCACGAUCAGCGCGUUCUUCUCCCCAAAAACGACUAAACCGGUAUCUGAGGACAAGAAACCGGUGGAAUCAGAACUCAAGAGGGUAUGCGUUAAAAGACCGCGGGUUUCGUCGGUUGAUGCUAAUUCCGAGGUUAAUUCCGAGGUUGUUUCCACUGAUCGAGUGCACCUUGCAGUACAAAAGCAAGUCAAACCAAAAGCUUUAGCAAAGCUGAAAGCCGAAGCUACGGGUAAAACAGAGCCGAUGUUGAAGGUCAAGAAGAAGAAGAAGCAGCGGCUCGUGCGCUUUACGUCUCCCCACGCGGUGACUGCCAAAGACGAAGAGGAGGAGCAGUUUGAUGAAGAUGAUGAUGAUGUGUUUAACACUCCUGAAGCCAAGAGAGCUCGAGCAGAAUUGGAGACGGGGGCAGGAGUCGUUCCUGCUGGAGCUCUCAUCUUGGACGAUGCUAUUGUCGAGGAAGAAGAAAUUGUCACGAUUGGAGAAGACGAUGGUGUGGUAAUGGGUGAAGAAACGAAAGGUGUGGAUGAAGACGCUGCUUCUGGCGUGGUCGAUUCGGCUAUAGUUCCGGUCGUAGAUGAUACAGCGGAGAUAGUAGCUGCAGAAACAGAUGACGACAAGAAGACAAGGAAUUCAGUGACGACUAAUUUGUCCGCUGUGAAAGACACCCAAGCAAAAGCCAUGUCGAUGACGAAACGGCAGCUCAAGGUGAAAGAACUAGCUGCAGCUGCUGCAGAGUCAAAGGUUGCUCGUGUGGAGCCUUUGGAUCCGAUUAUACAGGCUCGCGUUGAUACGUACAAGAUGAAGACUGAUGAGCUCACAAGUGUGUACAGAGAGCUCUCACUGUCGGAGCAGGAAAGCGAUGUGAUUAUGCAAGACAUUUACGGCGUUAAACUAGAUUACGACCUGGGUGUCAUCGUGGACGAGAGCAAAGUGCAACAAGCGCUGAUAGAGACGUGGCAGAAACUUCAGGAUCAUGCGCGCUCUAUUCCUGACAGAGCAGAUGUGGUCGUGUUGCCCGCUACUGUAUCAUUUCCCCAUGAGGUGAAGUGUUUUAUUGUGAGAGCGAUACAGGGUCGAUCUGCAAGUUUGUCAGCGGUGUCGCGAGGACUUUUAGCCGCAUUUAAGAAAACCGUUGAAGUGGCAAAUUGUGAUGUGGGAGAAACAAAAACUAAGGGUGGAUCUGGUGUAGACCUUGCGGCAUCGUUAGCAAUGGAAAUGGAGAUCAAGAUGCUGGCACAACGCACACCACACGGUGUUCGUCCUGCCAAGGCCAAUGUUUAUGAAGACACUAGCGUCGCCGCAUUGUGGGUGUGGGAGGUCGGCAGCUUAGAAAAGUACUUUGGAGAUGAAGCACAAAAGAUGAUUAAGCGUAUGCGCAAGCAUCGCAAGCGUCUUGGGCAGCAAUUGAAAGCAUUGGCAAAGGUGGUCCAACUUUUGCAUCAGAAGCCUGUAGAUGAGACGAAAGUGAGUGCUGAAGAGGCAAAAGUUGGAAAGUUUGGGCUUGUAGUGGCUACUGAAUUACAAAAGGCGAGGGACAAGGAGGUGAAAAUGGUAGAGAAACGCACUGUUGCUGAGGAGAAAAAGUUGCUGGAUAAGCGCCGUCUUUUAGAGCGUCAGGAGGCAAAAGAUGAGGAGAAACGGAAACGUGACCGCGAAGUGGAGGAGAAGGAGCUCGAGUCAUUCAAGGCACAAAAGAAAUUCAAGUCUUUUUUUGCAGCUGCUGCAGCCAACGGUAGUGGAACCUGUGACUCCAUCACAGAUGUGACAGGUGAUGACGAUGAAUUGCAGGCCGUCCAUCCAGAAAGUCGCAGCACAACGAUUGCUCGCAUGGACGCAGCUAUUGGCUUUCUGGGUUCAGCGGCGAAUCCGUCACUCGGUGAUCCACCAGGCCCAUCGUUUCAAUCUAGUGUCUCGAUGCUGAAAAAAGGCAAACGAGGUACUACCAGCAAUACCGAUCUGACUUCUUCUUCUUCUAGCUGGAGUGGUCGGCGCCAUUGCGACCCCAAGUUGGGUGUGAUGAAGUUACUACAGUUUUACGAGAACAAUCGGCCAGCAUAUUACGGCACUUUCAGCAAGCGAAGCCGGCUUUUCCGUGGUGGUCGCCGUCCAUUUACGCAGUAUUCCAAGUUCGACUACAGUGUUGAUAGCGACGAUGAGUGGGAGGAGGAAGAGCCGGGCGAGAGUCUGUCUGACGAUGAAAACGACGGCGACGAGUCUGAUGAGGAUAAUUUGGACUACGAUGACCAGUGGUUAGCUUAUGAGGAUGAGGUGGACUAUAUGGAUGAUGCUGAUAAAGAGGCAGAUCUGAUAAGCGGUGAAGCCCUAUCGUCACCGACGAAGCACAAACUGCCAUCGCAGCUCGAGAAGAAACGUCGAGCAGUUAAAUCAGCCAAGCUGGAGCCCCAAAUUAUUGGUCCGUUCUGGUGCGUCCAUGGGGGUGACAACUGUACCGGUGGCCAUUUUCCAGAGCUUGCGGGUGAGCUGUUGAGUGAACCUGCGUUCGAAUCCAGUUUGAUGAAAAAAGCUCGUGAGUACGAAGAAGAGCAGAAGCGGAUAGAAGCCGUGCGUCAAGCGCAGCAGCAGCAGCUCGACGAUGAGCGGCUGAAACAGGAGAGGCAGAAAGCUCAAGGCAAGGACAACCAAGAGAAGACAGGGACAGCUACAGCCGCUCCCGAGACGCAAGCUGCUUCGUCUCUUGUGCCACAGCAAGCCAAUGCGAUCAAGACGUUGGCUUCUGUUGAACCAACGCCUGCAGCAGCGUGUCUACAGUCGUCACCACCCAAAGCGCCGAAACAAAUCGACUCGUGGUUCAAGAAAAUUGCAAGUCCGGUGCCGACCGCACCGCCACCAACGACUGCAACUUUAACACCGACAAUGCUCUCGCAGUUACCAAGAUCGGCUCCGCCUUCUUCUGGCGACAAGACCAAGUCAACUGACGAAAGCAGCCCAGCGAUCGACGUUAUUGAGGUCGACGGUGACUAG